AUGAUCAAAUUAUCUACACUAUUCCAGCCUGUCCUCGUCCUUUUUUUUCUUUUGCUAUGGGGGGAGGUUCAUGGACAAACUUUGGGAGCGCAUAUAGUGAGGACACCGCGGCAAGAUUACCAGCAAAAUCCGCAUCGACGACAGCAAAAUGGCAACAAUAACAACAACGGGAAGAAGGACACAAGCGCGUUUAAUAUCGUCAAUGGGCAAAUAUUGACACCAGGCCUCGCAAUUCUGGACGCUCCUCAACCCUUCACCCCCAUGGGUGGGGAUUUUCUGCAUAUCGCCAUCGAUGUCUCAGGCAAUGGCAAACUCCCUGUUCCACCGCGAGCAAUUGAUGAUCCCCUGACCCAGUUCUUUAACAUCACGCUAUUCCUAACGAGCAAUGUUCUGCUGAAGAAUUUUACUAUCUCAAACAUCACGACGUCAACGCCGCCUUUCGCGAACAUCAUGGACCAAGAAUCGGGGCAAACUGUCAAACACAUCAACUUCGAGUGGCCCGACUGCCUCGUUGGAGACGGAAAGGAAGACAUUGGGACGACAGCAAGAGGCGAAUAUAAUAUCUCUAUUCACCAAAAUUUCCGCUUGAACGGUAGCGAUCACUACAGUAUCUUCAACUUGCCAAUAUCCGUCACGAACAGUAUUUCACAAUUUCCAGGAGCGGGCCAGCUUCUCACCAAACCGCCACCAGGACCACUUAAUGCAAAUGGAGGCCGCAUGUCUUGCGAAAUGAUCUCUAAUCGUCUAAGGAAUAUUACAGAGCUCGUUAACAGCGUAAAUAAUCCACCCGGACAGCCGUAUCAGGACAUCGCAAUAGAAACCACAGCCAAAAAUCAAGGUGGACAGGUUGGUGGUCCGGGCACCACAAAUAAUGGAGGUGGAGGAAACAUCGGGAAUAAUGGAGGCAAUGCGCAGGGCGUAGUAGGAGCCGGUACGAAGGCGUUCAAAGGAAGAGUGUGGGAUAGCGCAGCUUUCGCUGCUGUAGUGACCCUUGCGACCACAGUGACCUGGUGACUCAGCUGGAUUGCAGAAUGAGACGUCAGGCUUGAGGCAAAUGCGUACAUGGGCGUUAUGGGCAGGGAACAGGAAAGGGUGGGCUUUGCGCACAGAAUGAC